AAUAUAAUCAGGCUUACCAAGGGUAAGAAUGGCCUCAAACCCCGAAGACACCAGAGAGGGACGGAUGUGCGUCUAUGCUCGUCAGUGUCGGGUAGAAGAAAGGCGCUAAAAAUAGGAGACCUGUAAUCAAGUAAUCCAACCCCGAACCCGAUGUAAUUAAGAGUAUUUAUACUACAUUCCCCCCGUUCAUGUAGAAAGAGUAAUUAUAUAAAAAUGAAUCAUUUUAAGUACGACUUGUUUCAUACAAAUUUUCGGAACUCUUUUGUGAAGAAGAGAUAUAAAGUGUAUCACUGUAUACAAACGUUCAUGUGUCGUACCCUGCCAUGUGCGCUGUUGACAGUUGCGGAAAUGAAAGUCAAGAUAAGAAUGAGAAUAUGUGCAGGGAUGUUGAGGUAUCGUGAUGCUUGUGUAGCUACAGAGGAAACGGACCAGGGACCACGAGUAGAAAGCUCUCCGCUUGACAGUGCUGAUGAACUGAACAUUUUGAUGUUAAGUCAAUUCCUACUUCCCCUAUUGCUACACAAGAUGACACAGACACAAGAUGAAGCAAAGUUUUCCAGUAUUGAGGCCAAUUGGUAUGUACAAGAUGAGGAUGGAUCCCAAAAGAAACUUGAUCCAGAUGAAAAUGAGAAUCUGCAAUUGGUAGAAACGUUUGACUGGAAGGAACUUGGAGAAUCUGUUGUCCAUGAAUAUUACAUAACAAGGUUGAAGAACGGAGGUGUGAACGUUGAGUAGAGAACUGGUUGAAGAUGAGAAGAUCUACACUGGAAAAAGGUGGUUCAGAGCUUUUGAGGGGAUGAAACUGCUGGUUCUCUUGAACGUAUGGAAGUAAAUUUCUGAAAGGAAUCUCUAAAAACUGUGCUACUGUAUGUAAAAAACCAAGUAUAAGGA